UCACCUGUAUUAAUGCUUAAGGUUUGGCUUAUAUAUCAAUUUUUCCAUGAUCGGUGUUCUUCCCAACCUAAUCCUCCACUUCCUAUAAAUCUUAGACAACAAGCGUAACAACUGAUCAAUAAGAAGUCAAAUACCCCACCUGUAUUAAUGCUCAAGAAACUAAUGGCAAGGAACGGCAAGAAAGGCAAUAACGGGGCAGCCAAUUCCAAAACGGGAACAUUUCAAUUAGAGGGUGGUGGAAACCCUGAAGUGGCGUUCAUAUUCAAAAUCAGCCCGAAUUCCGUUGAAGAGAUCUUCAAAGUGCAACUAUUCAGUAGGAACAAUAAUUUCUUAGGAUUGAUACGAAAUCAACUGUACAAUGGGUCGUAUAUCCAAAAGGAAGAUGACAACGAGGUCAAGCUUGAUUGUGUCGUGAACAACAACAAUACGCCACUAGGGAUAUCCCGGGAAUGGUCCAGGGGGAUCAGGCUAUGGGUGCUGGCGUUGUCUUCUUGACUGCGGAGUCAUCAAUCAUCAUCAGCUCCUCCAAGUCAAAGACCAAAGACUCUAAGAACUUGGCUAGGGAGCAUGAGGCUAUUGGUCGUAUUGUGAACGAUAAUAAUAGUAUAGAUGGAACUGCAAUACACCGUAUUCUUAGCGCGCUUGAGUCUGUACCACCCAAAUCAGUGUCGAUUAUUAGAUGUUACUUAGUUACGCCGAGGGUUGAUAGUGUCGAUUUUUUCUUAAUAAUACGAUGUUUACAAUAUUACAAGGAUGCAUACUGCCGUACUGGGUAUUAAUCAUGGUAUCAUACUCUGUAUUUGUUUGCGCGUAAACAAUUACAUAUGGUCGAUGGUAGUAUCUAGUACUCCCUCGAUCUGCUUUAUUUUAA